ACCUAAAUAUACACAUCCCCGAGCGAAGCUCGGGGAUGUACCCCGCUUGCUCCAAAAAGCCGCUGAGCCCCCUACACAUUUGCCGACGACACGAAUAUCUAUUCUAUCAUAACCUUUAUCACCUUGGGAGUGUGUUCUGGGUGUUCGGUAUUACAUGAGCUUCAUGCAGCUCUAUUUAUUUUUAAAUAAAAAUGUUAAAAACUCACCUAAUCCUGCCUUUUUAUCAGUAAAGUCCUUCACACAGCGAACAAAGUUGUGUGCAGUCCUAUGGGGCUCGAUCUCAUGUAAUCGCUGUAUAUGAACCGGAAGGUAAUCGCAACUCUGUGAAGGUCAAGUCACGUGACGAGAUCGCCCGAGUAGCACGCGCGGAAGCAACUGCUGUAGCAGACGACGCGACGUCUAUACUGUGUGCAAUGUAAAUUUAUAGCGUAAUCGCCCAGAUUCAUUCAUGAUUCAGGCAGAAAUUAUUCAGCGUACGUAGAAACUGCCAUGGAAACGAGAAUGCUCAAAGAAGUUGUGGAUGAUGUGCUCGGAAGUACUUUUGUACUGAAACAAAAACAGGAGUCCAUGCUCAUAAGCGCUGCCAAAGGAAAUCACACCAUGGGGAUCCUUCCCACUGGAUACGGAAAAAGUUUGAUUUAUGCCCUCCACGCACCACUUUUGAACAAACUGAAUCCACAGAAAACACACAUAACCCUCGUAGUAAGUCCGCUUAAAAGUCUAAUGCUGGACCAGGUGCGCAGAUGGAAGAAUCUUGGCAUCAGAACUGCGGCCAUUCUUGGCCAUUCAGGUCAUGACAUGGACAGGGAGACUGAAAACGACCUGAUGAAUGGAGGGACAGACCUCGUUUUUACUUCCCCGGAGGCCAUCCUGUCCCCUAAGUGGUGGCAAUGGGUGCGGAAGUUUCAAAACAGGAUUUCGUUGCUGGUGCUAGAUGAGGUUCACUGCUUUACAAAAUGGGGUCUUACAUUCAGGGAGGAGUACCUCCGGACCACAUCUUUGACAUCCAGGCUGGCAUGCCCUAUAAUGCUUCUUACAGCCACGGCAACAAACAGAAUGGUCACAGAAAUACUUCAAAACCUGAAUCUCCGCAGGGAAGAAGUAGAAAUAUUCGCCGCUAUUCCCAACAGACCAAACAUUCAUCUAUCAGUGGUUCCGGUGAAGGACAAGUUUGAAGCCAUUGGAUGGUACUUGGAUGAAUUAAAGGAGAAGGGUGUCGAUGCUGCAAAAACCAUCAUUUAUGCACGACAAAUCGACCACGUUGCUGAACUCUACACAUGGCUCAACGAAAGCCUCGCCGAGUCCGCCCAUGCUCCAGGACCAGGGCAGUCUUGCAGUGUGGAAAGUAGACUGAUCGAAAUGUACCACGCAUCAACGGACUCAAAGAGUCAGGAACGAAUAUGUCGUAACUUUUCCACCGAAGGUUCUAAGCUGCGCUGCGUUGUAGCAACAAUAGCAUUCGGUUUGGGUGUCGACAUCGCCGACAUUGAUCAGGUUAUCCACUGGGGAUGCCCUAGUGAUGUCCUCUGCUAUUGGCAAGAAACAGGCCGAUGCGCGAGGGAUGGAAGACCCGGAAAAGCCAUUAUGUAUCUGCCACCCUUUUCAGUCAACAAGAGAUGGGUUGAUGAAGACAUGAGGGACCUUGUCCAAUCAUCCCGCUGCAUCCGGAAAUCGGUGUUGAACACGCUCUUCGUGCAUGGCAUGGAAAAGGACAAUGUACAGGUGAUGUCAUGCUGCUCAGUUUGCGACAGUGCUAAGUAAUACGGGACCCAUAGCAUGUAUCCAUUUCUAUGAGUCAGUGCACAAUUUAACACUGCGACGCUGUGCAUCCAUUCUCGUAGAAAGUGCUUUCAGCUUUUUACCAAGGUUCUUUGGAUUUCGCAACACCUCUUUAUGGUCGAACCCUUCAAAGCCUUUGUGUUGUCUGAAGGGCAAGUAUUCAAACAGUCCAAAUCCAUCGUUCUCAUCCACAAACAAUGCAACAUCUUGUUUGUAUACAUCCUCUGCUUUCUUCCUAGUUGGCGUCUUCAUGGAGACGAUCCCGGCAUCACUGAACAUGAUAUCCAGGUACCUACCAAAUGGUCCUGACAUCUUGGCACAUCUCUGCGCGUGUUUCUCAGUCACAUUUCCAUGAGCGAAGUCGAUCAUACCUGCAAAAAUUGAUACAGAAAAAAAAACAGUUAAAAUAUAAUUGUUGAGAAGAUCAAAUCAACCUUGAUUUAUAAUUGCAUAUCACGUCACCUACGCACAACGCAAAAUGCGUCAAACAUUGCAACUGACAUACCCUUGUAGUCCAUGUUAAUGUGCUCAGUACCAAGGUCCAUCCCUAUGUUUCCUCCGGGCUUGCCAGUGACAUUGAUGACUCUGUUCCAGAUCAAAUUGUUCCUGAUGUCAGAAGGAGCAAAUCCACCGAUACCUGAUGCCAUGAAAAAACAAUUUGCGAAAUCUAAAACCAACAUUUCACCAACAUGACCAAGGAAAUACUUUCUACUUUUCAAACCCCUCGUUCGAGGAUCAUUUCAUGAUGUUCAAAGGAUCGCAUGGGCACCAUCCCUUUAACGUUAACUAGCUAGGUCACUAUUAGUUUGAAUGCACAUGCCAUCAUUAUGACCGUUCAUCAGUAUACACUUUAUUAAUUGUGUGUUUGCCAGCGUCCUUCUUUCGGCAAAUGGCACAAAUCUCCUAUCUCUUAAACAAUGCUUAAUCUGUUUAUCCCCAAACUCACAAUAUGCACAUCCUGGAGGAUUCGUUGUCUAGUACACCUAAUCACAAAUGAAACGGACGUAUUCUAUGUGCAUUUCAAGUGGAAGUGGGUCUAAAAGAUGAUGUGAUGAUGUGGCACACAGAAUAUAUUUUUGGCACAUAAUAAUAAGUUUAUCGUGAGUGUCAUGAA